GUAUAAAUAUACUCUCUCUGUCCCUAGAACAGCACUUGAACCUCAUUGAGACACACUUCCUCCCUCCAAGGACACACGUCAGAUUCCAGCAGUCCCACCAUGGCUUUCAUGCAAGCCUUCAUGCAGCAGGCGGUCUAUAUGGGCAUGCCCGAUGACUCAGUCCUGAACAAGGAGGGAACAGUGACUGCAGCACUCAAUUUCAGCCCCAACGGAGAUGCAGCAGUCUUGGAUAAGGCCAUCAAGGCGAAAGGUGUGGAUGAGAACACCAUCAUUGAAAUUCUGGUGAAGAGGAGCAACGAGCAGAGGCAGCAGAUCAGAGCGGCGUACCAGCAGGCCAGCGGCAAGCCUCUGGACUCAGCGCUGAAGAGCUCUCUGAAGGGAGAUCUGGAGGAAGUGGUGUUGGCUCUGCUGAAAACACCAGCCCAUUACGAUGCCCACCAGCUGAAAAUGGCCAUGAAGGGUCUGGGGACCGAUGAGGAGGUCCUUAUCGAGAUUAUGGCUUCCAGAAACAACAUGGAGAUCCUGGAAAUAAAGAAAGCCUACAAGGAAGAUUACAAGAAGGACCUGGAGGCUGACAUCAAGAGUGACACUAGUGGAGAGUUCAGGACUGCCCUCCUUGAACUCUGCAAGGCCAGCAGGACUGAAGGAGUUGUUGAGCAGAUGGUUGACAGUGAUGCCCGGGCUCUGUACGAGGCCGGGGAGGGGAGGAAGGGCAAAGACUGCUCCGUCUUCAUUGAGAUCCUCACCAACAGGAGUGCUCCCCAUCUCCGUAAAGUGUUUGACAGGUACUCAAAGUACAGCAAAGUGGACAUGGCCAAAGCUCUCGACAUGGAGAUGAAGGGAGAUAUUGAAAGUUGUCUCACAGCAGUAGUGAAGUGCGCUGGAAGCCGGCCUGCGUUCUUUGCUGAGAAGCUCAACUUGGCCAUGAAGGGUAAAGGUACCCGGAAAAAUACCCUGACCCGCAUCAUGGUGAGCCGCUCUGAAAUUGACAUGAAACGGAUCAAGGAUGAGUACAAGAAAAACUACAGCACAACACUCUACCGUGAUAUUCUGGAUGACACUAAAGGAGACUAUGAGAAGAUCUUGCUCGCUCUCUGUGGGGGUGAAAACUAAUAGGCAAUCAAUGGGGAUCAAGGCUCAUACACCUGAAGAUCCAGCAGCGAGCCCAGCUGUGGAAAAAACACCUAUAAUCUCUUGACACAUAGUGCACCCUAUGCUUUUGUGGAGAAUUGACUGUCAUGACAUUUAGAAGAUAUUAACAGCAAUGCGCAAAGAUUAACAAGGAUUAACUGCUUCAGUAGAUAUGUUCUCUCCAAGUUACUCCUUUUCAUUCAAACACUCAGUGGACCAAUGCUUUGGGGCAGACUGACUUAGCUUCUCACUCAUUGGAUUCUCAUGUCUGGUGCUCGAAGAGAAGCUGAAGUCAGUGCAGCUGCCAUCAGACGUAUACAGAUCACCAUGUGCCAGACAUAUUUAGCGGCAGCAGCAGACUUACCCUUGAAGGAACUUGGACAACUUGCAAAUAAAAGCUUUUUGUAUGAAGGCC